UGUCAAUUAUUUCCUUCCUUCCUCAUAUUGUUUGUUUUUCUUGUUUAACCGAAUCUCCGGUGUCCCAGCACGCCAACUUGGGGAAAGACUUAUUGCAGAGACCUUGCUAGCACGCCCAAGUAUCUGAGGGAAAGCACGUCGCGCAGUUUUUGGACACAGUAAAGGCGUCUAUCAUGAAGGUCACGUUCGCUUUCAUUCUACUUCUUCCUUCUACACUUGCAGCUGGCGAGAUUCGCCUCGUGAAGCCUGAUAGGAUGGCUGGGAAUGGCACAGGGCGGGUAGAAGUCUACCAUGACGGCCAAUGGGGCACCAUCUGCGACCUGGGCUGGGACAAGAACGACGCUGCUGUAGUAUGCAACCAACUGGGCUUUGUCAAGGUUAUACACGAAGCCAAGAACGCUCUGUAUGGCCAGGGUAGCGGCCCCGUCUGGAUGGGUUAUGUGCAGUGCAAGGGAGAUGAGCAGCGCCUGACAGACUGUCCGAACGGUGGAUGGGGCGCCACCUCGUGUAAACAUGUUAGAGACGCGGGAGUCAAGUGUCUCCACGAGGGCGUCCCACAGAUCCUAGAGGUUGGUUGCUACAAGGAUACCGUUGCCCAAAACAAACGCGCCCUCACGGACCUGUACCUGAACCUAAGGACCGAGGUGGACUGGUACAAUAUGCGUAGUAUGGUAACAAGAUGUGCCGAGGGCGCGCACGAGAUGGGGUACAAGUAUUUUGGGAUUCAGUUCUUCGGGGAGUGCUGGGGCUCCAAGGAAGGCCAGCUGACUUUUGGCAUUCACGGCAAGGGCGUGGAAUGCUAUGAGGGCGUUGGAGGAGAGAACCAUAACUUCGUUUACCGAUUUGCACCGUGGAAGGAUCUCGGGUGCUGGCGCGACGAAGGACACGAAAGAACCAUGACAUUACUCGAGAACUUCCGAAGUGGUAUCGAUUGGUUCCACCUCGAGAUCACAGUUGAGAAGUGUUACCAGGCCGCGCGCAAAGCCGGUAAGAAGUUCUUCGCUGUGCAAUUUUACGGAGAGUGCUGGGUAGGCGAUGACGAGUCGUACCAAAAUCACGGCUUCUCCACCAACUGCAUCCAAGGCGUCGGUAAACACUGGGCCAACUACGUGUACAAAGUCAUGUGGUGAUCAGAGACUUCCAGGAAAUUUAUCACCAGCUGCAUCUGGCGAAGGAGAGCGACAGCUCACAACACUUCGUGAUAAAGAAUAAUUAGUUCAAUAAAACUGACUUUGAUCGACAA